GGCCCCCAGCCCCUGCUCAGCCAUCAGGGCUCCUAAUUACAGCCCCUCGCUCGAUCCUGAUGCCAUUUGGGGGUUUUUCUGCCUCCCUCGUGAGGGGGUUGAUCCGAUUAAGGCCUGUUUCCCCUCCGGUGUUGAUUGCAGCCGAUUCCCGCUCUGGAACCAGCCCCGGGGGGGACCCCACGGCUGCUUGUUCCCCUCCUCCUUCCAGUGCCUUUACUGGCACCGCUGGGAUGGGGCUACGGGGAAGCAGGAAGCCGCGGCUCCCCGGUGGGCACAAGGGACCCUGGAUGCCCAAAUGGUGGGGGGGGGCUCUAUUGUCACAGCAACCUCCGCCUAAAUACGCAUUGCUGCCCCUCUGGCAGCAGCCCCGCGGCUGGAGGACGCCGGGAAUGGGAUCAUUUGCAACCGUGGGGGGGUCCUGCUGGGCUGUGGCGGCCCCCGAGGGUGAUCCGGGGAGGGCUGGAGGUCCGCGGCGCGUCCCCCCGCCCCCAUUUUGGAGGACUCUCCGGCCGCCCCUCUCUAUGGUCCGCCCGCCACGCGGCGCCGCUCUGCCCCGCCCCUCUCCGCGCGUCGGGGGCGUGGCCGGGCCGCUCAUGAAUAUGCAUGAUUAGCGGCGGUGGAGGCCCCGGUGAGUCACGGGAGAGGCGGCGGCAGCAGCGUGAGACCCGGGGGACAGUAACCCCUCCUCCCCGCCCGCUCUGCGCCCCCCACGUGUGUCCCCGGCCCGCCGCCGACAUGAGGCUGCCGUGGGGAAGGGGCUGACCCCGUGCUGAGCCCCCCACGUCCCUGCGUCGCCAUGGCCUCCCAGCCGCAGCCCCUGCACCCCGCCGUGCCCUGCACUUCCCCCGCCGGCACCGCGGGGGCCGGGCUGGCCGGCAGCCCCGAUAAAGGCAGCGUGCGCCCCAAGCCGCCGGUGCGGCCCAAGCCCCGCGUGCUGCCCAAGCCGGCCGUGCCCGCCAAGCCCCCGGUGCCGCCCCCCACGCCGGGCCCGCGGCACCCCCGGCCCGAGCUGCCCUCUGCAGAGAAGAUGAACCGCCUGGCCGGGCCCCAGCCCUACAGCGGGGCAGGCGCGGGGGGGCUCCUCCGGCGCCCCUCCUUCACUGUCAGAUCACCCGAGACCCCCAACGGGAAGGGGCCCUCGUCGCCCUCGGUCACAGGCACCGAGGAGGAGGUGCCGCCGGCCCCGCCAACCCCCUCGCGCAAGGGCCCGGCGCCCUUCAAGGUGACGCCGGUGCCGGUGGCCGCCAGGCCGGAGCGGUUCCCGGGCACCACCGUGGAGGAGAUCCUGGCCAAGAUGGACAGCAGGGAGGGCCCGGGCAGCCCAGACCGGGCCUGGCUCUCGCCCUUCUGCGCCGACCCCUCCUCCCGCUUCGGCUCCAAGACCUUUGUUGCCUUCCGGAAGCGUACCAGCGGGGAGGCAGAUGGAGACCCUGCCGGCGAAGCCCCCCAGAUGCCCCGACCUGCGGCAGGCGAGCUGGGAAUGGGGGACGAUGGACACCCUGUGGCUGAGAUGAGCAGCUCCCCCCCAGCCGGGCCGAGCUGUGCCGGGGAUCCCUGUGGACGCCGGAGGCCGCCGUCCCCUCCUGACCUUUCCACUCUACAGCUGGGUGCCCUCGGACCUCCAGGCUCCCCAAGGCCUCCCACCUGCCCAGCCCCAGCCCCAGGAGCUCCUUUCCAGUCUGCUGAGCCCUCUGCCCCAGCCCCUGGCUCCCCUGAUGCCCCCCCUGAGCUCCUGGCCCCUGACUCCCCCACACUGCCCCCCGGCUCCCCCGAAUCCCCCACUCGGCCUCCAGUCGGGGUCCCCGUCACCUCCAUCCAGGCCCCGGGCGCUCCCUCAGCCACCGAACCCCAGCUCAGCGUCUCCCGUUCCCCAGGCUCCCCACACACUCCAGGGGAGGGAUCCCCUGGCACUGCCAGCCCCCCUGGCACUCCUGAACUGCCCCCACGAGUCACCUGCCCCCCCGGCUCUCCCGAGGCUGCUGCCGAGUACCUGGGCCCCCCCAGCCCACCUCUUGCCAAAGCCUCUCGUCCUCCAGGCUCCCCAGAGGGACCUGAUGACUCCGCAGUGUCCCCACGGUCCCAUGAGGGUCCUGAUUUCAACCCCUCUCCCCGGGAUGUGGGGCUCCGGCGCUCCUCAGAGGGGGUGCUGCGGCCCCCGCCCACCGGGCAGGGCCUGGGGGAGCUGGGGGGCUCACUGAGUGCCCUGCCCCGGCCUGGAGACCCCCUGUCAGAGCCCUCCCUGGGCAGCGAGUCCGGCUGGAGCCUUUCCCAGUCCUUUGAGUGGACAUUCCCAUCGCGGGGGGCACGCUUGCCGGCCUUCCCUCCCCGCUCCCCCAUCCGGGAGACCCCAGACUCGGGGCUCUCCGAAGAGGGGGAGUCAGAUGGGGAGGCUGCGGCCCCCGGCCCUCCAAAGGACAGUGGGGCUGAAGGACCUGGCAGCCAGCAGGCAGAGGGGGCUCCAUGCCCAGGGGGUCCCGUGGCACAGCAAGAGUCUGAGGGCUCAGCAGAGGAGGAGGAGGAGGAAGGAAGGGAGGCAGAGCAAGAUGCUCCCGUGUCCCACUCCCCACUUUGUGUGACAGAGUCUGGCCAGCACCCAGCUGAGCCGGAGUCCCCCACCCAGCCCAGCCUUACCACAACUGCCCCCCUGGAUCCAGCCCCCCCAGAUGCAGCUGCUCCAGCUGACUCAGCCUGGGCAGGUGAUGGCCCCAAGAGCCUGCAGGGUCCUGGGGGCCCAGGCCAGGCUGAAAAACCCUCGCAGGAGCCUGACCCCCACGCUGACCCGGGCUGGCUGACAGAGCUGUUGGAGUCACCUGGGGUCCACGGCUCUCCGGAGAACCUGCUGGGCUGGUCACGGAAGGACCUGUGCAGUGAGUUCGGCAUUGGCCGCCCUCGCCAGGACAGCGCUUUUCACUGGAGCCACCCAGGUGCAUCCAGGGAGAGAGACUGGCCUGUUGAGACCAAGCAGGACCAGGAAUUUGGGACCAAAUCCAGCUGGGACAGCGACCACAGGGACAAGGACAGCACUGCCCGGGAGAGCUGGAGCGGUGACUACAGAGCAGCGGAGCUGAUGGGGGACACGAAACUGGGCUCCAGCGACUGGUCCCAGUCCCUUGGCACUGGGAAGAGCUGCCCACAGGAUCCAGACUACAGUGCCAGCACAGCUGAGUGGGGCCAGGGCUAUGGCAGCACGGAGGAGCUUGGCUCCGGACAGGCCAGCUGGGGAAGUGGCCUUGGCACGGGACACGUCCGGCAGCUGGACAAGGAGCCACACUCUGGGCAGCCCAACUGGGCCGGCGGGUACAGCAGCAGGGACACGGAGAUGAAGGACAGGGAACUCACCCCAGACUGGGCCAGUAAAUACAGCAGCCAGGAUGCUGGGAGCAAGGAUGAGAAUUUAACACUGGGCUGGGCUGGCAGAUCCAGCACUGGGGACAGCCCAGCUAAGGAGCUCAGCCCCAGCCGGCCAGCCUGGGACAGGAGGUAUAACUCCACGGACAUGGAGAGCCAGGACUGGGAGUUCAGCCCCAGCCGGCCGGCCUGGACUCGGGAGUACAGGGACACGGAAAGCCAGGACAGGGAGUUCAGCCCCAGCCGGCCAGCCUGGACUGGUGAAAUCAGGGACAUGGAGAGCCAGGACAGGGAGUUCAGCCCCAGCAGACCAGCCUGGGAUGACAGAUCCAGCAUCAGGGAGAUGGAGAGCCAGGACCAGGAGUUCAGCCCCAGCAGACCAGCCUGGGAUGACAGAUCCAGCAUCAGGGAGAUGGAGAGCCAGGACCAGGAGUUCAGUCCCAGCAGACCAGCCUGGGAUGACAGAUCCAGCACCAGGGAGAUGGAGAGCCAGGACCAGGACUUCAGCCCCAGCAGACCAGCCUGGGAUGACAGAUCCAGCACCAGGGACCUGGAAACCCAGGAUGAGUUCAGUUCCAGCGGAGCAGCCUGGGGCAACAGAUCCAGCACCAGGGAUAUGGAGAGCCAGGACAGUGAAUUCACAUUCAGCAGAGCAGCCGGGGAUGGCAGGCACAGCACCGGGGACACGGAGACCCGGAAUGGGGAGUUCAGCUCCAGCAGAAGCGUCUGGCAUGACAGAUCCAGCACCAGGGAUGUGGAGGCACAGGACACAGAGUUGAGCCCCAGUGGAGCAGCCUGGGAUGGGCAGCACAGCUCUGUGACCCCCAGGGAGGAAGAACAGGAGCUGGUCCCAGCCCAGCUGAGCUGGCCUGGUGAAGGCAGCAUGGGACAGACCGGGCUGGUCAGGGUUGGUGAGGAGGGCGUGCCCAGCUCCCACCGCCCGGAUCCCCCGGCCCAGGAGCCCACCUGGGGCAGUGCCCACCAGCAGGAGCGUCACAGCUCUGGCAGCAGGGACUGGGCUGAGGAGCUUGGAGCAGCUGAGUGCCAGAACCAGUUUGGUGUCAUUGGGACAGAGCGGGUGCCAGAUCCCUGCAGUGCCGGAGCCUCGGAUGGCUCCAUCUCCGGCGUCCUGCCACAGCCCCAGGCAGGCUUGCGCAGGGAUCUCUCUCUGGACGUGGGCAGUGCCCGCUGGAGCCAGGACCUGGACAGCUGGAGUGUGGAGCCACAGGAUGCUGAGGCCAGGCGCCAGGAGUGGGCGAGUGCCUUCAGCGCCCGCUGUGCCGCCCGCAGCCGGGACCUUGGUGCGGGGGAGCAGAGCGUGGGAGGGGACACCGCCGCGGAGCAUGGGUCGGCCCCCAGCCCUUCUAUGGGUGACAUUCCAGUUGAUUGCCCAGAUGUGGAGCCGCCCCGGAGUGAGUCACCCAGCCACUCUGAGGAGGAGAGGCAUCCCUCUGAACCAGCUGCUGCCCCACAGAGCCCCAGGAUCCCCCCUCUGCUGCCACAGGCUGCCAGUGGCAUCCCAAUGGACACAGGAAGUGAGGAACAGCCCUUGGACCACCCAGAUGGGGAGAGCGCCUCGAGCUGGGGGGAGCAGCGGCUCUCGCUGACUACCCCCCAGCCCGAGGGGUCCAUGGAGCAGGAGCAGGAAUUUCCUCUUCUGGAGGACACAGAGCUCCUGGACAGCAGCGUGUUCCGCUGCAAGGCCAGCCUGGGCCGCAAGCGCCAGCAUCGGGCACCGUCCCUGCGCCCCACCACUACCGAGGGGGAGAGCUGGAUCUUCCGGGACUCCACGGAGCCCCGGCCAGCCCCGUCAGCGUCCUCCGACGAGGAGGCAGCGGAGGAGCCCCGGAGCCGGCGGAUGCGCGGCUCAUCCUCGGGCAGGGGGGUUAAGGUGCCGCUCUUUCCCGGCCUCAGUGCCUCUGCCAUCAAGGCCAAGCUGAGGGGUCGCAACCGCUCGGCCGAGGAGGGGACAUCAUCAGGGGACAGCAAGGGGACCCCUUCUAAAGACCCCCAUGUGCAGCGCUCCAAAUCCUGCAAGAUCCCUGGUGUGAGUGGGAAACCCCCAGCCCUGCCCCCCAAGCCGGAGAAAUCCUCAGGAUCCGAGGCCUCUCCCCCCCACUGGCUGCAGGCGCUGAAGCUGAAAAGGAAGAAGCCUUGAGCAGGGUUCACUGCGACGCUGAAGCCCGCUGUCCCUGGACCAGGGCUGUCCCCUCCCAUGGGGACACAAACACACACACCUAUGCACUUUGUACGAGCUCGCAGGGCCCCUGUCUUCCCAGCACCUCCAACCCCCCAUUGUACCCCGUCCCCUUGGUCCUCAAGGGUCUGGGGGUGGGCACGAGCCCCCCCUUCCCCUCCCCCCUGUUCGCGUAUGGCCCCGGACACAGGGCAACGGGUCCCGCUCGUGGUGCCACUGCCACAGACAAUAAAACCUCGCCGGUCA